AUUUGGCAGUCGCUGGCUCUAGGCACUAGAGGAGCAUCAAGCACUGCACUAGCACACUGCUGGAAGGAUCUAUUACAUUGCAAAUAAAGUUUGACCAGACUACAGCCUGACAGGGGACAGAGCUGAGAGCACUGAGGACUGUGAGCAGAGCCUUGUGAAUCAACAGAGCUCCAGAAGACGGAAAGAUGUGGAAGAGGUCAAAGGUGACCGAUCAGACUGCCGCUGGGCAGGCAGGCAUCAAGAAGAAGUCCAAAGUGCCCGGCGUCAUGAUAACUCAGUUUAAGGAGGAACUUCCAGAGGGAAUGUCAACUCCAGAUUUCACCCGCAAACCCAUCGCUCUGACUAUUCAAGAGGGUAAACUUGCAGUCUUUAAAGCCAAAAUAGUGGGAACUCCAACACCUAAAGUGACAUGGAGCAGAGCAAACGGAGAAAUCACUUAUCACCCUGAUGUGUGCCAGCAAAAGUAUGAUGAGGCAUCUCUUGAACAUACGAUUGAGUUUCCAAAAGUCGCAGCAGAGGAUGCCGACACCUACAAGUGUUUUGCAACUAAUGAACAUGGAAGAGCUGUUUGCACUGUUGUCUUAAAUGUUAUUUCAGUUGGAUUCUCCAAGACCAAGGAACUUAAAAUGACACAAGAAAAAGACAUAACCGACUUGAGAAAAAGCCUUAAAAAACGUAAUACUGACGGAACACGUGAAAUGAAGAAAAUGGAACCAGAGGAGAAGGUCUGGGAAAUUCUGCUUAGUGCAGACAAGAAAGACUAUGAGCAGAUCUGCAUCGACCACGGCAUCACAGACUUCCGAGGAAUGCUGAAGAAACUCAAUGAAUUGAAGCGAGAGAGGGAGGAGGAGAUAGCAGCGUUUGUGACACAAAUUAGUUCACUCAAACAUAUUGAGGUCAAUGACAACGACUGUGCAACAAUUGAGUUGGACAUGGACCUCAAGGAUCCUUCCAGCAAACUGUUCCUGUAUAAGGAUGGCAUCAUGGUUCCUUUCUCCAUCGAAGAAAACGAUGAAGUGAAGCACAGUUUGAAACAAGUGGGCAAGAAAUAUGUAUUCAGAAUUAAAGGGUUAGGUGCAGAAGAUGCUGGACUCUACUCGGUGGACGUGGGGGGCAUCAAUGUAUUUUCCACAGACUUUAAAGUACCUGAAGUUGACUUUGCUGUGAAAAUACAAGAGGUCAAGGCAGAAGAACGAGAGGACGCCCUUUUUCAAUGUGUCCUGACUGCACCCAUGAACGACAUCAUGUGGUAUGGUAAAAGCGCCCCACUGUCAAAUAGUGAGAAACAUGAAAUCACUGUAUCAGAAGAUAAGCUGAUCCACAAGCUGAUUGUGCGGGACUGUCUGCCUUUGGAUGCUGGUAUCUAUGCUGCUGUGGCAGGAAUCAAAUCAUGCAAUGCCUGGCUUGUGGUUGAAGCUGACAAAGAUCCUGCCAACAAGGGUAAGAAGGCAGCUCGUAAAGCUACUAUGGCUGGAGUCUACAACGAAGAAGAACUGAAGAAAAUAGCUAAAGAACAGCAGGAAAGAUAUCAGAAAGAAAUGGAAGAAAAACUGGAAAAGGCCAAAAAAGCUCAAGAGGAGAGAGAAGCUGCAGAAGUCAUCGCCCAGACGGAAGCAGCUAGAAAGGCAGCUGAGGAGAAAGCUGCGGCCAAGGCUGCUGCAAGGGCAAAGAAGGCAGCAGCCAGAAAGGAUGGAGCUGGAAAGAAAACUAAGAGGAAAGUCGGUGGUGCUGGCUCUGCUGCAGAUGGUGCCGGAGGUGCCAGUGGUUCUGGUGGCGGAGGCUCUGCCACAGUUGGUGCUGGUGGUGCUGGAGUUGCUGGUGGUGCUGGAGGUGCUGGCGAUGCUGGUGGUGCAGGAGGUGGAGUCGGAGGUGGGGCUGGAGGAAUUGGAGGACAAGCUGGAGGAAUUGGAGGACAAGCUGGAGCUGGAGGAGAAGGAGGUCCAGCUGGUGGUCGGGCUGGUGGUGGGGCUGGAGGANNAGCUGGUGUAGGAGCUGGUGGUGGGGCUGAAGGAGGAGUUGGAGUUGGGGAAGAAGAGUUUGAGGAUGAAGACGAAUACGAUUCAUUCGAAGAUUCUGAUGACGAAUUUGAGGACAUGGUAGAAGGAGAGGAAGGAGGAGAAGGAGGAGAGGGAGGACAGGGAGGAGAAGGAGGCGAGGGAGGAGAAGGAGGUGGAAAAGGCAAACGCAGGAAACGUGUGAGAGAUGGUCCACUUGUUCCAGAAACAGUCAUAGGAGAUAAUAAUGACGACGAAUCCACAAAUCAAGAAGAUGAAAAAUCUGGGAAGAAAGGAAAACGUUCUAAAAGGAAAAAUGUGGAAGUUGAAGAACCUGUUGUUGAUCCAGGAGUUCACUUUCAUGCUGGGCUCUCGGACUGCAAAGCCAUUAUGGGAGAAGCAGCAGAGCUGGAGUGUAAAGUGAGCAGUGAGGACUGUCAGGGAAACUGGUACAAAGAUGGAGAGGAGAUUAAAUCAUCAGAGGGAAUAACCAUUUCAAAAGAUGGAAGUUUCCACAAGCUGAAAAUUCACAAAGUAACAGAGGAAUUUGCUGGAAAAUAUAAAUUUGAAGCAGAUGGACGGAAAACAGAGGCCUUAAUUGUUGUUGAAGAUCCACCAAGAUUUGAUGCUGAGGAACUGGAAGCAUUUAAAACUCCUGUAACAGUGAAAAAGGGACAAAAAGCUACCUUCAAAUUACCUUAUAUUGGACGGGAUCCUAUCAAAGUUCAAUGGUACCUUGAGGGUGAAGAGCUAUCAGAAGAAUCAAAUAUCAAGAUUGAGCACACAGAGGGCUGCAGCCGCCUGCUUCUGACCAAGCUGCAGCGCAAAGACAGUGGAGAAAUCAAGAUUAAACUCAAAAAUGAGUUUGGCACUAUUGAAGCCUUCAGCCAACUCCUUGUACUGGAUAAACCUACUCCUCCAAUGGGACCUCUGGAGAUCACUGAGGCCUGCUCCUCCUCAAUUGAAUUCAAGUGGAGACCCCCGAAAGACAGUGGUGGCUGCAAGAUAGGAAACUAUAUCCUUGAAAGGCAGCAAGUUGGACGCAACACCUGGAAGAAGCUGGGGCCAAUUGGUCCAGAGGCCAUUUACAAGGACACUGAUGUAGAACAUGGCAGGAGGUACUGCUAUCGCAUGAGAGUGGAGACUGAAAUGGGCACCAGUGAGCUGAUGGAAACAGAAGACAUUCAAGCUGGUACAAAAGCAUACCCUGCACCUCCAUCGGCACCAAAGAUUGUCAGUGCCUUCAAGAAUUGCAUCAACCUCUCCUGGACUCCUCCUUCUGACACUGGAGGAACUAAUAUUCUGGGAUACAACGUUGAGAAACGCAAGAAGGGCAGCAACCUCUGGGGCCAAGUCAACCCACCCGAGCAAAUGAUCAGAGCCAAGGUAUAUGGUGUAAAAGACGUGGUUGAGGGCAUGGAGUACGAAUUCCGCGUGUCAGCAAUUAAUGACUCUGGAGCGGGUGAAUACAGUUCACCAUCUGAGUUUGUGUUUGCCAGAGACCCUAAAAAGCCUCCUGGUCAAAUCAUUGACUUCAAAGUGACAGAUUCCACCUACACAACCCUGUCCCUGUCUUGGACCAAACCCAAGGAAAUUGAGGGGGUUGAGGAUGAAGCCAAGGGAUAUUUUGUGGAGAUCAGACCUGCAGAAAACACAGAGUGGGAUCGCUGCAAUUCAAAUGCAAUAACCAUGACAUGCUAUACAGUGAAAGGCAUGAAGUCAAUGGCUAUGUACUGGGUAAGAGUACAUGCUACUAACGAUGGAGGAGAGGGACCGUAUCAGGAACUCGAUAAUUAUGUCCUCGCUAUGCCUCCUCCUGUGAGGCCACGAUUCACAGAUGCAAAAAUCAAGAGUUUCAUGGUGGUGAGAGCAGGAAAUUCUGCUCGAUUCAACAUCAACUUUGAGGCCUCCCCUUGGCCUGAGGUCAUCUGGGUGAAAGAUGGAGCGCCCGUGUCUAAAAAAGUGACCAUCAGCAAUGCAGAGGGCACAUCCCAGCUUCUCAUUCCCUCCGCCGAGCGCACAGACACUGGAAUCUACACUAUUCUCGUCAAGAACAUUGUCGGCCAAGAAACAUUCAGCAUUGAAAUUAGAGUCACGGAUGAACCUAAGCCGCCAGGUCCUGUGGAGCUUGAUGAAAACGUGCCUGGCACAGUGACUAUCUCAUGGACCGCAUCUCCAGAUGAGAAACGUGAUGACAGGCUGCAUUACAUGGUGAUGAAGCGUGAUUCAAACAAAAGAGCAUGGCACACCAUUGCAGAUCACAUCUUCAACAAUAAAUUCACGGCCUGCAACAUAAUGCCAGGUCGGGAAUACCAGUACAGAGUCUAUGCAAAGAAUGACAUGGGCUCGUCCAAACCAUCUGAAUCAACAAAGUGGCUGAUUACUACCAAAAAAGAAAAGUUCACUGUGACCGUGCCGGGGUCGAAGACCUGUAAUCUGCUGUGUGCUCCGAAGUUCAUGGUCCCACUGAAAAUGCACACUGCUCCUCAAGGGUAUGAGUGCUACAUGAGCUGUGCUAUAAAAGGAGAUCCAACACCUCAUGUUACAUGGCUCCGCGACAACAUCAGUCUGAAUACCAACACUAACUACUACAUCUCCAACACCUGUGGAGUGUGUUCUCUGCUCAUAUUGAGGGUUGGAUCCAAAGACACCGGCGAGUACAAGGUUGUUGCAGAAAACUCACUGGGGAGGGCAGAGUGCUCCACUAAACUGACAGUCAGAGAAUAAAACAACACACUGAAGAAACCAAGUUUUUGGGAAUUUCACAGAUAUGAUAUGAGUUAAGCCUGACGUGGAUAUAUUGGUUGUUAAACUCAGAAUAAAGUCUGAAUCAAACAAUUGUUGCUGAAGUAAAAACCACAAAUGUGUUGCCUGUUUUGAUUUCAAUUAUGCAAUCUCAAUAAAAUGGAAUGAAAGAAAUACUUGUGUAAUCUUGCACAUUUUAUGUAGUAUAUACUGUGCAGCAUAUAUUUAUUGAUUUUAAAUGUGCUAUUUAACUGUUUGCCUAAAGCUAAUACAACUAUUAGGUCCUUGAAUUCACUUCUAGAUACUGGCCACAAUUGUAAUUUUUCCAUAUAUGUGAACCUCCCCCUGACAUAAAAAAAUCUUGUAUGAUGCUUAUGUUUGUUACGGCACUUAGUGUUAUGUCAGUAAGAUAAUGUGUGGGUUUGGUCUGAAUAAAUAUUUUGUACUGCAA